CAGUCCCACCCUGUCCUCUGGACUCACAGGGCUCUGGGCUCCCAGAGCCCCCACUUUCCCUCACAGUGGACGCCCCCUCUGUCCCGCCCCAGUGACUCACUGCUCCCCUGGCCCUCUGCCAUUCCUGUCUCUUGGCAGGCGGCAGGCGCAAGGUUGUGCUGAAGCCACGGGGUGUGGAGUGUGAGGGACGCUCAGUCGCCAGGGUCUGGAGCUCCGGUCCUCCAGCAGCGGCAGUGGCCAGCCAGGGAUAGCGCCGCCAGGAACCUGCAGUGGCCUGGGGGAGUCAGGGCCUUGCCCUCUCCCUGUCUUUGGACUUUUUGUUUUUCAUCAUCAUGAAGAAGGAAGUGACCUGAGAGAGCCCAAGACAAGAGCCAUCCCCUGACUGGGAGGAGAACCAGGGUCCAGGGCAGUGGCAAGACCCUCCAGCCACUGAACCUCGCUAAUCCAGGCAUGAAGGGUGAUGGUGGUGCUGUGUGGGGCCUUAUGUGGAAAUACUGCAUCUCCGUGAGGACCCUCAGUGUUGAAGGUGAGGCCCCAAGUAGUGAGACUGGCACAUCGCUGGAUAGCCCCUCAGCCUACCACCAGGGUCCCUUGGUACCUGGUUCCAGCCUGAGCCCAGACCACUACGAGCACACGUCAGUGGGUGCAUAUGGGCUAUACGCAGGGCCAGGACCACAACAGCGCACACGGAGGCCCCGGCUUCAGCACUCGACCUCCGUCCUGCGCAAGCAGGCUGAGGAGGAGGCCAUCAAGCGCUCUCGGUCACUGUCUGAGAGCUAUGAGCUCUCUUCAGAUCUGCAAGAUAAGCAGGUGGAAAUGCUAGAACGCAAGUAUGGGGGACGCCUUGUGACCCGCCAUGCAGCCCGCACCAUCCAGACGGCGUUCCGCCAGUACCAAAUGAACAAGAACUUUGAGCGCCUGCGUAGCUCCAUGUCAGAGAACCGCAUGUCACGCCGCAUUGUGCUGUCCAACAUGAGGAUGCAGUUCUCCUUUGAAGGCCCCGAGAAGGUGCACAGCUCCUACUUUGAGGGCAAGCAGGUCUCUGUGACCAAUGAUGGCUCCCAGCUGGGUGCCCUGGUGCCAUCAGAAUGUGGAGACCUUAGCGACCCAGCCCUCAAGUCUCCAGCACCCUCCAGUGACUUUGCAGAUGCCAUCACAGAACUGGAGGAUGCAUUCUCCCGGCAGGUGAAGUCCCUGGCUGAGUCCAUCGAUGAUGCCCUCAAUUGCCGCAGCCUACACAGUGAGGCGGUACCAGCCCCAGACACAGCACGGGCCCGGGACACUGAGCCCAAGCUCAGUCAUGGCAUGGACCACCACAAAUUGGAUGAGAUGACAGCCUCAUAUAGCGAUGUCACCCUCUACAUUGAUGAGGAAGAGCUGUCACCACCUCUGCCGCUCUCACAGGCUGGGGAUCGGCCUUCCAGCACAGAGUCGGACCUGCGGCUAAGGGCUGGGGGUACAGCCCAGGACUACUGGGCCUUGGCCCACAAGGAGGACAAGGCUGACACAGACACGAGCUGCCGAAGCACACCAUCACUGGAGCGGCCAGAGCCAAGGCUGCGAGUGGAGCACCUUCCCUUGCUUACCAUUGAGCCACCCAGUGACAGCUCAGUGGAACUCAGUGACCGCUCAGAUCGAAGCUCACUCAAGAGGCAGAGCGCCUAUGAGCGCAGCCUCGGUGGACAGCAAGGCAGCCCCAAGCAUGGCCCCCACGGUGGCCCCCCCAAAGGCCUCCCCCGGGAGGAGCCCGAGUUGCGGCCUCGGCCCCCCAGACCUCUCGAGAGCCACCUGGCCAUCAAUGGUUCAGCCAACCGGCAGAGCAAAUCUGAGUCUGACUACUCAGAUGGGGACAAUGAUAGCAUCAACAGCACAUCCAACUCCAACGAUACCAUAAACUGCAGCUCUGAGUCCUCAUCGCGGGACAGCCUGCGGGAACAGACACUCAGCAAGCAGACAUACCACAAGGAGACCCGCAACAGCUGGGACUCACCAGCCUUCAGCAAUGAUGUCAUCCGUAAGAGGCAUUACCGAAUUGGCCUGAAUCUCUUUAACAAGAAGCCUGAAAAGGGCAUCCAGUAUCUCAUUGAGCGCGGCUUCGUGCCCGACACGCCAGUGGGGGUGGCCCACUUCCUGCUGCAGCGCAAGGGCCUCAGCCGCCAGAUGAUCGGUGAGUUCCUGGGAAACCGGCAGAAGCAGUUCAACCGUGAUGUGCUCGACUGUGUUGUGGACGAGAUGGACUUCUCUGCCAUGGAGCUAGAUGAAGCCCUCCGGAAGUUCCAGGCACACAUUCGAGUCCAGGGGGAGGCUCAGAAAGUGGAGCGGCUCAUCGAGGCAUUCAGCCAGCGGUACUGUGUCUGCAACCCUGGAGUGGUACGGCAGUUCCGGAACCCAGACACCAUCUUCAUCCUGGCCUUCGCCAUCAUUCUGCUCAACACAGACAUGUACAGCCCCAAUGUCAAGCCUGAGCGCAAGAUGAAGCUGGAGGACUUUGUCAAGAACCUCCGAGGUGUGGACGAUGGUGAAGACAUUCCCCGGGAGACGCUGAUUGGGAUCUAUGAGCGGAUCCGUAAGCGGGAACUGAAGACCAAUGAGGACCAUGUGUCCCAGGUGCAGAAGGUUGAAAAGCUCAUCGUGGGGAAGAAACCGAUCGGAUCCCUGCAUCACGGGCUUGGCUGUGUGCUCUCUCUUCCCCAUCGACGACUGGUCUGCUACUGCCGGCUUUUUGAAGUUCCGGACCCCAAUAAACCCCAGAAGCUGGGACUGCAUCAGAGAGAAAUCUUCCUGUUCAAUGACCUCCUGGUGGUCACCAAGAUCUUCCAGAAGAAGAAGAACUCGGUGACAUACAGCUUCCGGCAGUCCUUCUCCCUCUAUGGAAUGCAAGUCCUGCUCUUCGAGAACCAGUACUACCCCAAUGGCAUCCGGCUGACGUCUGCUGUCCCUGGAGCAGAUAUCAAAGUGCUAAUAAACUUCAACGCUCCCAAUCCUCAGGACCGGAAGAAGUUCACUGAUGACCUGCGGGAGUCUGUUGCUGAAGUGCAAGAGAUGGAGAAACACCGGAUAGAGUCGGAGCUCGAGAAGCAGAAGGGUGUCGUGCGGCCCAGCAUGUCACAGUGCUCCAGCCUCAAAAAGGAAUCAGGCAACGGAACGCUGAGCAGGGCCUGCCUGGAUGACAGCUAUGCCAGUGGCGAGGGCCUCAAGCGCAGCGCCCUCAGCAGCUCCCUGAGAGACCUCUCAGAAGCGGGGAAGCGAGGGCGUCGCAGCAGUGCGGGAUCGCUAGAGAGCAAUGUGGAAGGCUCCAUCAUUAGCAGUCCUCACAUGCGCCGGAGAGCGACCUCAACACGAGAGUGCCCAUCUCGCCCCCCCCAGCCCGUGCCUAACUCCUCCUCUCUCCUGGGUUCUUUGUUUGGGAGCAGGAGAGGGAAGCCCCCUCCCCAGGCCCACCCACCCUCGGCCCCUCCCCCAGGACCCCCUCACGCCCAUCACCCUGGGCCCUCAGAGGGCCCUCUGCUUGGGCAUCAUGCACAAUACUGCCAUGCGCAGCAGAACCCACCCCCCUAUCACCACCACCACCACUACCACCCACCCCCACACCUGCAGCACACCCACCAGUACCACCAUGGCCCACACGGGGGGCACCCCCCAUACGUGACCCAUGCGCACAGUCACCCGCCCCUGCCCACAGCUCACUCUGGUCAUGCAGGGCAUGCAGCGCAUCAUCAUGGGCAACCUCCUGCCCCACCGCCCCCCACCAGCAGCAAGGCCAAGCCCAGCGGCAUCAGCACAGUUGUGUAGACAGCCUAGGCAGUCGCCUAUCACACACCAGGCACACAAGGGCCUACCAGGCACCAGCCUCAGACCAGCCGAAGGCACCACUGUUUCCACUUCCUCUGCCCCCAUAGCCUGAGUGGAUCCAUGGGCUUGCCUUCCACAGAGCAGAGCUCCCACUCUGGCUUAGCCCUGGCACCCAGUCCUCCCUCGGCCCAAGGCUGGGCCUCAGCCACCAUUGGCCUUGACACGGCGCUGACCAAGGAGAAGUGGAACUGGCUCUCACCCUGUCAGCCCUCAGCCCCUCACUCUGUACACAUCUGAAAACUCAGCCUAGCAAAGAAAGCAUGAGAUACAAAAGUCAGAUACAACAACCAACCGCAGACUGGCUGUGUUACUGUUCUGUUACUGGCAGUGGGCAAAAAUAAUAAUAAUAAUAAGUAGACCUGAUAUGGGUGAUGAAAAUACGUAAGUAAACUUUAUAUAAUAUAAAUAUAUAAAUAUAUAAAUAUAUGUAUACAUACUGUAUAGGUAGUGUUUGUGUGUGGAAGAUAAGCAUUUCAUCCACAAAGCUAGCACUAGGGACCUCCUAAGGACUGCCACAUAAGUGACAGGAAGUCAAUCUAGAUAAAUGUGUGAGUAGACCAAAAACCCUGCUAGAACAAACCCAGAUCCUUCCAUAUUUUCAUACAAAGAAAUUCCCUCUAGCCUGGCUGAAACCUUAUACGCUCAUAACUCACUGUGCCAAGUAACACAGCACCUGACUGUCUAAUACCCCUCUCUGCUCUGUAUAAACUCCUCUUUUAUUAACAGAGUACUAUUCUAAGUAACCAGUAUUAAAACUGCAGUUAUCUCCAGUAAGCAACUAGGCAAAGUGCAGUCACCUCUAUCCCAGCGCUUGGGGCAACCAGUCUAGAGCUGGCUGUCUCAGGACCUCAGCCCCACAGAUCCGUAGACACUUUAUACUGGCUGCCAUAACUUUGAAUCCCAUGCUCUACAUUCCUUCCCUCUGUACAUGAUGAGCCACACUCCCCUCCCCCACAAUCCUCCCAUGGCCCACAUGGCAGAGGGACCCAUCCCCAACACAGUGACCACUCAUCUUUGUCCACCAAUGCCAUAACUCCCUCAUCCAAUUCCCAGCCCCAGCAGGCGGGUGGCGUGAGCGCUGGGCGGCCCAGGGCAGUGUGUGUGUCCCGUGUUGUGUUCUGAGUGGCAACAGCGAUCACUGUAAUUCCAUGCAGCCAUGUGCUCGUGACCCCUGUGUCAUCACUGCGCCUGGCCAAUGAGUGCUUGGCCCUGGCCGGGUGAAACCCCCUCCCACUGCCUCUCAUGGUCCAGUGAGCUGCCAGGCCCCACAUGCCCCAGCUGUGUUCUUGUCGCUUUCAUGUGUGACACCAUGCACUCCCUGGGGCCACAUGCUGCCCACGUUCCUGUGCCUGAGUCACCCACGGGCUAUACUUUACAGUUUCAGCCCUUCCAGCCACCGCAGCCUCCAGUGCUGUGCUCCUAAGCCUAGGACCCGAGGACUGCCUGUGGCCUCUGCCUGCGCGGAGUCCCUUUCAGAAAGGAAGGAGCUGCCGCCUGACCGUGGGCUGCGUCUAGGACCUUGUGAGCCAGCAGGCCUGCCCAGUCACAAGAGAUCAGGAGCCCAGUCUGGCCCAUCAUCACCCUGCUGGUCUGCCGGGACUGCCCAUUUCCCUCCUCUCAUCCCUGUCCUGUCGUCAUCGUCGAGGUCACGUACCAGCAGAUCUGCAAACUGAGCACUUUGUAUUUCUGCAGAGAGCAAAUCCCGCAACAUGGAGGGCGGCCUUCUGUCUCCCAGUGACUCAGCCUGCCUGCCCCGUCCUCUGUCGGCAUGGCUCAUCUUUCUCCUGUCAUCUGCACAGAAAGAGAACUGAUAAGCACAGUGCACCUGACUGGGGCCAGCUAGCAGGGAGCUGCCUGCCUCACAGUGCCCCGAGUCCCUUGCUUUCCUUAGGCUCUAAGCGCUGUCUUUCCUCGGUUGAAGGACACCGUCUGGCGGGGAAGGGGAACUGUGCUGCAUGUCACCUGGCACCAGUCCUGUUGGACUGUGCUCUCUGUAUUGUACAUUUGCAAAAUACACCAGUGUUACUGUUGCAAAUAGUUGGAGUGGUAACAUUAAAUAUGCCGGCUUUUUUUUUCACCUUCUUCUGAGCCAGUGGUAAGUUAACCAUGAACUUGAGAUUGUUCUGAAAGACAUGGCCCUUAUAUACACUCUCACUCUUCUUGAAGGGACACCACUCAGGAACAGACCUGACGGAAGGCCCAGUUUAUCUGGUGGGCUGGGGCCUCCCUCUCUACAGUCCUGUACUUCCUUGACUGGUCAGGGCUCUGGGCUCCUCUCUGCUGCUUUCUAUGAGUCCUGGAGACAUGCUGAAGAUAGUAGGUGCGUUCUAGGGACUGGUCUAAGCAUACUCAGUCUUUCUUGGGGUUCCCAACUCCCUGGGUUAUUAAGUCAGAGCGAUGAGACCUUGUGAUCCUGUGUUGUGUCCCAGGCAGAGAAGUGUCUUCAGGAUGUGUCUGGGCCUGCAAGUCACACAGCAGAACUAGGUUGGAAAGCACAAUCUGCUAGUGGACUGUGACCCAUAUUGCCUGGCAUACAGUCAGGGCAUUGAAGCACUGUGGGUCCCUGUCUGAGGAAAGCCAGGAAGAGGCAGAGGCCCUGAGUAUUUACACCUCUGCUUACCACUGUCAGGACACACUGGGGCCUGCACUAAUGACACAAGUUAUUCUGGUCAUCUAUGGAACUGGUGACCAAUGGGAGGCAGCUGGUAACCUCACAAAGGGCUUUCUGGGGACAACAGUGAAGUUGUGGGUUUGUAUUUUUUGAAGCUCCCAAGUGAGUUGUAUAGUAAUGUGAAAAUAAAGUUCACCUUAAUGUGC